GAGAGAGAGGGCGGUAGAGCGAGAAAGAGAGAGCGAGGGAGGAAGAGAGGAAAAAAAACACUGUGCGUGGUUUUCUCUUUCUUGCACGCGCGCCGACUUUUUUUUUUAGUUAUGAACGCGGAGACGUGCGUCUCAUACUGCGACAUGAGCUCCAUGGAGCCGUACUACGGGCCGCAGGCUCCCCGCGAGCAGCACUCCAACCCGUUCAGGACGUUCCCGGCGGCCGAGGCCAAGUACAGCCCCGCGUUCCCGGGCGCCAAAGCCCAAGCCCGGAGUCCCUUCCAGCCGCAGCAACCGCAACCGGACUGCCCAUCCAGCGCGGACGCGGAGAGCACCUUUAACAAAUACCAUCUCUUCAUGCAGAGGGGCGCGUGCAAAACCCCCCCAGAGGGCGGCAAGGGGCAUCAGGAGAGCGGGCACAACGGAGGUGGAGGACUGCUCUCCUGUUACGGUAAGGACAGCACAGGGCUAACAGACUCAGAGUUGCCCCCGAACACUGACCCCGCAGGGAUGGACGGCAGCUACCUCAGCGUGAAGGAACCAGGAUCGAAGGGUCCUCAGGAGAGGCCGAGCUCAGAGUUAGCCUCCCCGCUGGACAAGGGCGAGGGAGAGAGCAACAAGGGCAAAAAGAGGCGUAACCGUACCACCUUCACCAGCUACCAGCUGGAGGAGCUGGAGAAAGUCUUCCAGAAGACGCACUACCCCGACGUGUACGCCCGAGAGCAGCUGGCACUGAGGACUGACCUCACAGAGGCACGAGUUCAGGUAUGGUUCCAGAACCGCAGAGCCAAAUGGAGGAAGCGGGAACGUUUUGGGCAGAUGCAGCAGGUCCGAACGCACUUCUCUACAGCCUAUGAGCUUCCACUUCUCACCCGACCUGAGAACUACGCUCAGAUCCAGAAUCCCUCAUGGAUAGGCGGCAGCAGUGCAGCGUCGCCCGUGCCGGGCUGCGUCGUGCCCUGCGACUCGGUCACUUCCUGCAUGACCCCCCACCCACAUGCCGCAAGUGGAGUGUCCGACUUCCUGGGGGUGCCCAGUCCUGGAAGUCACAUGGGACAGAGCCACAUGGGCAGUCUGUUCGGGAGUCCAGGCAUGAGCACCGGCAUUAAUGGAUACGACCUUAACAUGGACCCUGACCGGAAGUCGUCCAGCAUCGCCACUCUGAGAAUGAAAGCCAAAGAACACAGUGCGGCCAUUUCCUGGGCUACAUGAUUCCCCCCGGCCAUCAGCAGCCACAGCAUAUUAUCUCUGAGCUUCCACCUUAACAACCCGGCAACAGAAACAGAAACCAGGCGUACGAGAGAGAGAGAGCGAGAGAGAGAGAGAGAGAGGACUGACUGGAGGAACCAAAGCCGACACACAAACCCUGCGAACUUCUCCUCUUACGGAAAAGCAGCGAGACGGGAAAUCUGAGAUCAUUGCCCUCAGAAACGAGCACUAAUCAAAGACGUGGUUCGAAUUUGAAGGAUGUGGGUUUUUAAACUAGAGACAGCAAUAGUAGAGAAGGAGACAACCGAGAGAUUAUUAUGCAUUUAAACGUAUAUAUUUUAAAGGUCAGGCCCCGUUUACACCUGAAUCCAGUUCUGUCACAGAAUCGUUUAGCAAAUGUACCCAAAUCUCAACCCCUCAACACUCUUUCAAGACUAUUCCCAUUCCUAUGUCCCUUAGAUGUGUGUGUGGGGGGUCUUCUGUAUUGAAUAUGGAUGGGAAAUCUGGAUUUCUGGCCAAACACUGCCGGUCACCAUCAUUACCACCCAACUGUGUUGAGUUAUCUCCAUUGUGGGUGGUAAUAUUAGCCAAAUUUCUAUGAUUGAAUAAUACUAUGAGCAUGCUGGCCAGUGUUCUCAAUCUCAACUUAUGGUACACAUCCUCUAGCACUUUUCUUUAAUGCAUGCUGCAGUGCCGGGUCUCUUGGAUCGCUGUGAGGGCGUGUCCGUGGCGUUUUUGAAUUAAAAUAAGGCUAAAUAAGUAGGCAAUCAUAAGUUUAAGAUUUUUAUACUUUAAAUCAACCUUAUUGUAGUCUAUACUUCUAUAAAUCCAUAUUCAGCCAUUUUCAGCUUCGCGUCCAUUGUUGAAAGGCGCCUGCUUUGGAAGGUGGGGCUGCGUUCAACACAACGCAACCCAGCAUGCACCACGGCAUGUUGCAGCUCUGUCCACUGAAAUCAAACAUAAACCUAUAAAUAGAAAAAUUAGAGAAACUUAUUCUUAUUUUUUUUCCAGAGCUGUAUACUUAUACUUAAAAUAUAGUAAAAAAAAAACAUUCUCUACUGAACAAAAACAUAGUUACUCCAAAAAAGGCAGAGUAAACUCUUUUUUAAUACCUUUAACAUCAUAAGAAACAAAACGAAUGAGCAUGUGUCAAAAUACUUUUUACACCAAUAGCUAUUUUUUUAACCAUAGGCUAAAAGAAACAGCAAGUUAACUGAAAACUAGCAGUGAAUAAGUAGCACAGUGGCACAGUCUGGGUUAGGCAGCAUUUUGGGGUGUAUCAGGUGUUGUACUUAAACGGUUAUGCCAUUGGCAUUUCCACAGGUAACUCUCCAGUCUGGUGCAGUGUGGUCUUAAAGGAAGCCCUUUAUUAGCAUUAGAUUACAAACACUCAGCCAGGAAUAACACAAGCACCAACCACAAGACAGAACAGCGUUUCUACUGAGACACGGAGACGCAGAAAACAAUCAUUUCUCCUACUGGAGACGACCAGUGCUCAGCUAAAAGCCUGGCUCUCAGUGCUUUUCUUGGGUGUAUAGUCUCUCCUUGAAAAACUGGAACAAAAGCACUAUGCACUACUAAUAUCCAUAAUCCAUACUUGAAGCCAUACAUUCAUACAGUGAUGGAUUUGUUUCAUUUCUCUCCUGGAGACCAGCUCAAGAUCUUUGGCUUUAAGUGAAGCUUUUUGAUAAAUAUCCCUCUGAUAAAUAGCUCAGAUGGGAAGAUAGCUCAUAAAUGUGGCCAAAACCAUCUAAAAUUCGAUCAAUUCGAGCUCUUACUAUGAAUGAAUAACCAUAUAUCAUCUACCAUUUCUUUCUUUUCCUUUUUCUUUAAAUAUGGACACUUACUUUACAUUAAAAAACUACGCUGUGCCUUACUUAGACUUAUAUUUCUUAUAAGCACAGAGCGGACUAAUGCGCUGCCAUCGGGAUCGGGAGAUUGCUGGUUCGAAUCCCAGUCAUGCAGCUUGCCAUCAGCUGCCAGAGCCCUAAGAGAGCAAAACUGGCCUUACUCUUUCUGGGUGGGUACAGUAGAUGGUGCCAAUAGAUGGUGCUCUUUCCCUUCAUCACUCCUAGGGCGAUGUGGAUCAGCAGAAGGCUGCGUCUGUGAGCUGAUGUAUCAGAACCGAGUCCUUUAGCGUUGUGAUGCUGAAUCAGCGGCAGUUUGAAAAGAGGCGGAGUCUGACUUCACACGUGUCAGAGGAGGCAUGUGCUAGUCAUCACCGUUCUUGUGUUGUUGGAUCACUAGUAAUGGGCGAUAUACAGCUGAUAAUUGGCCAGAUAAAUUGGGAGAAAAUUAAGAAAAAACACAUUUUUUUUUUUAAUUAUGAUAUAUGGUUAUUUGUUGAAAGGACUAAUUUGUUCAGUUCUGAAUCAGUUAGUAAAGCAAGUUUGUAAAGUUGAAAAAUCCAAAUGCAUCAAAUUUAGUUAUAACAUAAGGAAAUGUUGUCUAAAUGUAUGCUUAUACAGGAAAAAGGUUCGGUAUUCUUGAUUAUUAAUUUAACAAACAUAAUGCAAAGGUUUUGUUUUGCAUCGGAAACUGAUAACAGUUUUCAAAUCUGCCCAAUCAAAAUGUGCAAAAGGUGAAAACAAACCAUAAAUGGCAUUUCUUUAGGGUUUCCUUUAAAAAAAUGAAUGCAAAUUACAAAAAAAACCACACAAAUCCAUGCGAUAUGUAUCUGCUUGCCGUGGCAAAUUUUUGCUAAAUGACUGCACCUCUAAAUGAGGAAUUUUGCCAACUUAGCUAAGAGGCCUGCACAAUCUGAAUAUAUGAUCUAGCUGCAGUAUGAAUAUGAUAUCUGUGGUGCUGGAGGAGGCUGAAGCUUGAGCCCGGCUUCAUUAAUUUUUUGGCAGCAGCCACCCUGCGGGAGAAAUGUCCAGCAUGCCACACCGGGGGUAGUAUACUGUACUCCCCCCCCCCCCCCCCCCCACGUGACUUACAACAGCACAGAACAAUAAAUCAGUUCAGGCAAUAAAUAAAUCAAUAAAAAAUUAGAUAGAUAAAUAAAUACAUUAGUGCUUUGCUCCACAGAGUUACAGAAAUAAGUUUGCUCCAUCAAGAUUUGCCUGAAAUGCUUUCCUAAAAUGUUCUUUUUUUCCGGAAUCUGAUACGGAAAAGUAAGGAAAAACAAAGCUGUUUUAAAUUGGGAAUUCGGAGACGCAUUCGAUACGCCUACACCUUCAGACAGGCCAUUUCUAAUUCCUAAAUAAGAACCACGUUUCCUCUGUUGCCUUUUUAAAAGGUUUCAGUGACUUUCUCUUCAUGAAGAGAGAGAACAGAACGUUUUGUGUUAUUAGUUGAAGUGGGGAGAAUUCUGUAUUAUGAGAGUUUAAAGGAAUUUUGAUUAAAUUAGUUGUUUUUUCUCUAUUUAUUCUCUAAGACAUUGUAAGAAAUAUAGUUUAUUUAGCUUAACAUGCUAAAAAUGCUUCCUCAGUUUGAUGCUGCGUCCAGAACUGGCUACCCAUAUAGAGUAUGCUAUCUAAAUAGUUAGAUAGCAUACUCUAUAUGGGUAGCCCAGCUGCAAAUCAAAAAGUUUGGGGACUAGAGAGGACCUGUUUAAAAUUGAGGUUUGCUCCAACGAUAGGGCCUAAUUGUAAAGCCCAUUUACAACAAAUCCCAGUAACAAAAAAAUGCAGAAACCCACUCAGAGCCCAACCUGAAGCCCAUGUUCAACCAAUGUGAACCUCUAGUAAGAAUUGGUGCCUCAGAAGUUGGUAGAAAAACGGUAGAAAGCAUGAUGCCCUCUGCAUACAUCCUGCAAAGCAGAAUUCAAGAGCCUUGAUCAAAAGCAAAUUUACGAGUUAGCAUACUUUCUUCUGGUUCAUUUUCCUGUCGCCUUAUUCUCUUGACCAAUCACAGGUGUUGUCGCAUAGUGAAUUUGGCCACGGAUUUCGCCCAAAUUCAAACAAAGACCCUGUGUGACUGUGUCACAGGCUGUUUGCUUUUUUCCACAACCAUUACACCACAUCGUUUUGCAAAAGCCAAACCAACCCAACCUAACCUAAUGCUGUCUAGUAUUGCACAUACCCAACGGUGCCUUCGCAAAUUUCCAUGCUGGCAUUUUUUUUGCGGUUUCAUUUGCUUGUCGCCUACGCUCCUGACCAAUCACAGGAAUUGUCGCAAAGUAUCUUUGGCCACAAAGUGCGCCCAACUUUCAUGUGCAUGACACAGCGAACGAAGACCCCAUACAACUGUGUGUCACCAGCUUUUUGUUUUUUCUCCGCAAUUACGCCACAUAUGUUUAAAAAAAAGCCUUUUUACAUUUCCAGCAAAAUGUAAUUUGCAAGCAUUGCACAAAGCCGAACGUGCCUUUGAGAAUUUACAAGCUGGCAAUCUUUCUAAGGUUUCAUUUGCCUGUCGCCUAUGCUCUUAACCAAACAUAGGUGUUUUGGCGUUUUGCCUUUGGCCACGAAGUUCACCCAACUAUCAUGUGCGUGACACAGUGAACGAAGACCUUAUGCAACUGUGUCAGCAGAUGUUUGUGUUUUCUCGGCAACUAUGCCAAAUUGUUUCUCCAAAGCCAAACCAAGCCAAUGCAACGUUGUCUAAUGUUGCAGAAACCCAACUGUGCCUUCACAAAUUUGCGUGCUGUCAUACUUUCUGCUGUUCACUUGCCUGUCGCCAACACUCCUGACCAAUCACAGGAAUGGUUGCAAAGUGCCUUUGGUCACAAUGUUCACCCAACUUUCACGUAAAUGACACGGCAAACAAAAUCCCUGUGUGACUGCGUUUUACCAAAGCCAAGCCAAGCUAAUGUUGUCUAGCGUUGCACAAAACCCGAACGUUGCAUGAAAGCUGGCAUACUUUCUGUCAUUUUAUUUCGCCUAUGCACAUAACAAAUCACAGGGUUUGUCGCAAAGUGCCUUCGGCCACAGAGUUCGCCAAAGUUUCUGUGCAAUGGUUUGUUUUUUUCUCCACAACUACGCCACAUUGUUGUGGAACCAAAGUUAUCUGCGUAAGAAGUAAGCUUAAAAAAUACUUCUGGCAAAACGACUUUUGCAAGCGUUGCACAAAGCCGAAUGCGCCUUUCGCAAAUUUACAAGCUGCCAAUCUUUCUAAGGUUUCGAUUGCCUCUUGCUUAAGCUGUUGACCAAUCACAGGUGUUGUCAAAUAGUGCAAAUUUCACAGCAAUGAAGACCCUGUGCGACUGUGUCAGCAGCUGUUCAACUUUUCUCCGCCAACCCAACAUUGUCUAGCGUUGCACAAACCCAACUGUGCCUUCGCGAAUUUGCAAGCUGGCAAUCGUUCUGCGGUUUAAUUUGCCUGUUGCCUAUGCUCUUAACCAAACCUGUUUUUUUUUGUGUAUAGCCUUCAAGACAUGGUGAACAAAGUCACUGUGCCACAAUGUGCCUUAUUGUUCUCUAAAGCCAAGCCAACCCAACCCAACGUUAUCUCUGCAAGACGUUUGCUAAAAGUUCUUCACAGGUUUCCGACACAAGCUUAAAUCCUAUCUACUGAGAUUCCCUCUAGCAGCUUCUACGUCUAUGUACAAUCUCAAUUUCCUCAUUCGAAUAAACUGUCCACCACUUAGUGUACGAUAAGUUGAUACUGCGAAGAUUGUGACAGGCCAAGACUCAAUCACAGGUGUCUGUGUUUUUUUCUGCCAAAACCAAACCAAAGUUGUCUACAUAAGAAGUAUGCUAAAAAAAAUCCAAAUACGAACUUGGCUUUGAGAAUUUACAAGCUGGCAACUUUUCAGAGGUUUCGUUUGCCUGUUGCUUAAGCUCUUGACCAAUCACAGGUGUUGUCAAAUAGUGCAUUUGGACACGGAGUUCACCCAAAUCCCAUGUGCGAGACAGUGAACGAAGACCUUGUUUCGAACAUAGUGUUACCAAAGACAAACCAAACCAACCCAACCAUGCCUUUACAAAUUUACAAGCUGGCAAUCUUUCAGUGGUUUCAUUUGUCUGUCGCCUUCACUCUUAACCAAACAGGUGUCUUUGCGUAUUGCCUUCAGCCCAACAAAGUUUGCCCCACUUUCAUGUGCGACAUUGUGCCACAUUGUGCCUUAUUGUUCUCCAAAGCCAACACAAGCCAAGCCAACUCAACCCAAUGUUGUCUCCGCAAGAAGUUUGCUAAAAGUUCUUCACAGGUUUCUGACAUAAUCACAAGCCUAUAUCCUAUCUACUGAGAUUCCCUCUGGCAGCUUCGACGUAUAUGUACAAUCUCAAAUUCCCCAUUCGUAUAAACUGUCCACCACUUAGUGUACGAUAAGUUGAUAUUGCGAGAUUGUGACAAGCCUCGACUCAAGGGAAAUCCAUUGAGGGAAAAGCGGUAUUAGCAGCAAGUGCACUGAUGAUUUCACUAUUUCAUUUCACCGUCAGUAACUCUAUCCAGCACUAAAUCAGUCCAGCUCCACGCUGGAUCCAAUUCAUGUUUAUAUUAGAGCUACAAGCUUAUAGACGUGCUGACAACUAGCAGUCGUCUCAGAGAUCCCAGAAGUGUUCCUCGGCGAUGUGGAAACACAGGUUUCACCGCCCUGCCCCUGCCGCCGGGGGGUCACUUAGAGGGCAAAGCAACUAUAACGUUCCGGCGUUCUGAGAAAGGACAGUCCACACAGCUGUGUGCGGAGUAAAUGCAAAACAAACAUGCCUCGCACAUGCUUCCCCUCAGCUGUCAUGGCUCCUCUUUCAAAGUCCCACAAUGCACCGGGGCUUGGCUCGCCCCCGAGGCUAAAUACUCCCCUCCCGGCCGCGGUGAGUCCGAGCACGGCCUUGCUGUCGGCCAGGCUUUUUAAUUAAUGCCGGGACAUCUGCGGACACGGAUUCUGUGACAGAACUGAUAGAGCUGUCUGCGCUCGGUGUUAUCCUCAGACUAUCUUUGACUGGAGAAGGGUUAGGGUUAGGAUUAGGGGUAGGGGUGGGUGAAGGGGUUUAUGUGGUAUCAGAGCUCAGCCACAGAAGCUCAGGUCAACCUUAAUAUUGCUGUGUUCUCAAUUUUGUUGAAAUAUAUACCAACCAGUUUACUAGGACGCAGGAUGCUGCAAGUUCUGUCUGUAAAGACAAGACGACGGUACAGUUCCGGAAACCGAGGUCCCGUUCACACCUGGUCACUUAAUGCGUAUCGAGUAUCAGGAUUAUUUCUGGUUAAGGCCAAACCACAUGAAAUGAACACAAACGAAACUGUGUAAACGCACUAAAGAGAGCCAAGAUUUAAAAAGAGGUACCAAUCAAUCCAAAUCACUCAAACUAAUUGAGGAGGUGGUCUGAGGUGCAUUUAAAACAGAUACAAAUCUGAUUAUUUAAACACGUUCAGGAGGUGGUGUUAGAUGCAUUUAAAACAGAUACAAAUCUGAUUAUUCAAACCAUUUCAGGAUGUGGUCUGAGACACUUUUAAAACUAUUACAAAUCUGAUUAUUCAAACCAUUUCAAACCUGUUUUAUCAAAUAUUGAUAAAAAAAAUUGAGAUCAUUUAAAAAAAGUUACAAAUACAAUCACUGAAACCACUUCAGGAGGCGGUCUGAGACGCAUUUAAAACAAAUACUAAUCCAAAUCACUGAAAUCACUUUAGGAUGUGGGCUGAGACACAUUUAAAACAGAUACUAAUCCAAAUCACUUAAGUCACAUUCAGGAGGUGGUUUAAGACACACUUAAAACACAUAUAAAUCUGAUUAUUUAAACAAAUUCAGGAGGUGGUCUAAAACACUUUUAAAACAGAUAAUAAUCCAAAUCACUCAAACCACUUCAGGAGUUGGUCUGAGACACUUUUAAACCAGAUACUAAUCCAAAUCACUCAAAUCACUUCAGGAGUUGGUCUGAGACACACUUAAAACAGGUAAUAAUCCAAAUGACUCAAAUCACUUCAGGAGGUGGUAUGAGACGCAUUUAAAACGGAUACUAAUCUGAUCGUUUAAACAAAUUUAGGAGAUGUUCUGAGACACUUUUUAAACAGAUACUAAUCAAAAACACUAAAAUCACUUUAGGAGUUGGUCUGAGACGCAUUUAAAACUGAUACGAACCUGAUUACUCAAACCACUUUAGGAGUUGGUCUGAGACAAACUCAAAACAGAAACAAAUCUGAUCUUUAUUAAAACCCCUUUAGAAGGUGGUCUGAGACACAGAUAGUAAUCCAAAUCACUCAAACCACUUAAGGAGUUGGUCGGAGGCACACUUAAAUGAGGUACUAAUCUAAAUCACUCAAAUCACUUCAGGAGGUGGUCUAAGACGCGUUUGAAACUGAUAAUAAUCCAAAUCACUUCGACCACUUUAGGAGAUGGUCUGAGAUGCACUUGAAACAAUCACUUAAACCACUUCAGGAGUUGGUCUGAGACACACUUAAAACAGAUACUAAUCCAGAUAACUCAAAUCACUUCAGAAAGUGGUCUGAGGCGCAUUUAAAACAGAUACAAAUCUGAUUAUACAAACACAUUCAGGAGGUGGUCUGAGAUGCAUUUAAAACGGAUACGAAUCCAAAUCACUCAAACGCAGUGUAAAUGCAUCCGUCUCUCCAGGACACAUUCUAACACCAGAAAUUCACAUUUUCUGUCCCACACAUAAUCCAGAUUUCACACACAUUCAUCUACGAAGUGUAAAUGGAAUGUGGCUAAAUUCUAAUCAGGACACAAUCCAGAUACUUUUCUAAUGCAGUGACCAGGUGUCAACGGGCUCUAAUCUUUAGUUAAUCAGAAAUAUAAAGUAACAGAGACUGAAUGGGUACAGAUGAAACAUAUGUGGACAGGUUGAUUGUCAGAGAAAAGCCUGCAGACGCCCCAAAAAAAAAAAUAAUAAUGAAGAAAUAAAGAGUGGUGCCAUAUUUGAAGUCCAUCUCUGUGUCGUCCCGUCACUUCUAAUACUACUGAAGCAGGCAUAUCCAAUACUAGAAUAAUAUAAUGCUUUUUGUGUGUGUGUGUGUGUGUGUGUGUGUGCGCAUGUACAAUCUUAUUUGUGCGUUAAUUAAUUUUUGCUGUUUUUAGAAACACCCUUGAAAUUGUAACUAAUUUGUUGUAAAGUUUCCUUGUGAGGAAUUUAAUAUUAUUGUGUGUGUGAUCAGACUGAACGUUUUUGUUAGUUGUUAGUUCUGUGGUGGGAUUUGGGGUUAAAUGUGAGUUUUUUUGGUAUGUAAAUGAACAUUACAGAUUUUUUUUGUUUUGUUUGUUUUUGUGUUGUUUUCUGUUUUUUUUCAAAGCUUCAAGCUAAAUGUACGGCAUUUUAAAUAAUAAGAGCUUGUUCAUGUUCUAUAUAUAUUGUGUGAUUUACAGCAGUAAGUUAUUGCACUUACGUUUUUUACAUUAUGAUUUGCCAGCCGAGCAAAAAAAAAAAUAGUUUUUUGUUAUUACUGAUCUGGUACUGAAUCACUAGGACCCUAUGAAAUCCCAAAUUCAGAAUUGAUCUGAAAUCUUCCUUUUUUUUCCAAAUUUCUAUUUUUUUUUAUUUUCCCAUUUUAGAAUUGAUCUAAAAUCUGCUUUAUUUUUUCCUUAAUUCUGUUUUUUUCUGUUUUUUCGUUUUCCAUUUCAGAAUUGAUCUGAAAUCUGCCUUAAUUUUCCAAAUUUCUAUUUUUUUUUUUUAUUUUCCCAUUUUAGAAUUUAUUUAAAAUCUGCUUUAUUUUUUCCUAUAUUAUGUUUUUUUUCUGUUUUGUCUUCAUCUAUUUCAGAAUUGAUCUAAAAUCUGCUUUAUUUUUUCCUUAAUUCUGUUUUAUCUCAGUUUUUUCUUUUUCUUUUUCAGAAUUUAUCUGAAAUCUGCUUUAUUUUUCCCAAAUUCUAUUUUUUCUCUCUUUCUUUUUUAGAAUUUAUCUGAAAUCUAUUUUAUUUUUCCUAAUUAUUUUUUUUUCUGUUUUUUUUUUGUUUUGUUUUCCAUUUCAGAAUAAAUCUGAAAUCCAUUUUAUUAGUCCCAAAUUCUGUUUUUUUUUUCAGUGUAUUUUUUUUUUCAUUUCAGAAUUUAUCUGAAAUCCACUUUAUUAUUCCCCAAAUUCACUUUUUUCUUUAUUUCUGUCUCCUGGAUUUUUUCCUUUUUUUUAGGGUUUAAAUUUUGUGUUUGAAUCUAAAAUCUGUUUAAUUUUGUUUCCAUUCAGUUUUUUUCUUUUUUUACCUAAAAUCAUAUAAAAAUUCUGCAAUUCCAUCCAUAUUUUCUGCAUUGCGGAAAUCAUAGGGUCCUAGUUGACUAUUUUGCAGCUCAAAAUCAAUCAAUUAAGAACUUUAAAUUGAUUUAAAAAAUAGUUCUAAUGAUCUUUUCCCAUUGUUCUGAGUACGAUAUCUUUUCUCACUGAAAAUUUAACAAACUCAAUGGCUCUUCACGACUCAAACGGCUACAAAUCAUUAAAAAUCAGCAGGUUUCUGAAAGCCUGUAAGGCUCCCGCUGGGUUUGAGUCGGUCAUUUUGUCUCGGGGCUGUUUUCCACUCUACAGAACUCAUUUUACUAUUUUAAGAUUUUGGUUUCUAUUCUCCUCAGUUCCUCUCAGAACCGGAGUGAUGGUCUUCCAGCAGAGACGAGAGACGGACAGUGCGGUUUGGACUCUUGUCUUCCAGCAAUGGGAAAAGAAUAGAGCUUUUAAAUCUGGCUGUUUUUGGUGGGAAGGCAGUUCUGUUCAUAUAAAUGUUUUAUUUGAGAUUUGCGUGUGUGUUUUUCCCUCUAGAUCAAUAAAAAAAUAAGCCUAA